UUAUGCAAUCCAGAUGCCAUGAAGAAAGCUAUCAAAGGAAAUUACAAAGAGACCAUGGAACAUGGUAAUGGUUCUGCUUCAGCAGAUACGGAUGAAAUGAUUGCUGAAAGUAAAACUCCAGAUCCAAACAGCAGCAAAACUACAAGUUUAGAAGAUUCUAAACAGGUGGAGGUGAAAAAUAAAGAAAUAUUAACCAAAAAAAAAAGCGGUUUGGUAAAUGACUCCUCACUGAAAACUCGACAUGUAAAAGAAAAACACAUUGAAAGAAAGGGGAGAACUAAAAAAUCCAACAUUGCUGCCUCACAGAGUUCAGCAGAGACAAGUGAUAGUGAGAGCUCUUACUCAGCGUCUGAGCAAGGGGAGUCUGAAACCAGUUCUGAUUAUGAGUCCAUGAUGCAAAACUGUUACCGCUUAGACCUUUCCUUAGAUGCCUUAAAAGCAUUGGCUGCCAAAAGCACUGGGACACCUGCAGAGGAAUCAGAUGGUGCACAGAGUUCUGGUCUGUCCAGUGCUGAAGAAAAUCCUAAGGGUAAUGUAAAUAAACCUAAACUUUCUAAUUUUCACCCCGCAGUUAAAAACAAUAGCAUCUGUCCUGAAGAUGUGCUGGCCGAUAUUUUAGCAGGGGAGGAGAACGAGGAAAGCUCCAAGGGACAAAAGAAUUCACGUUUGAAGUAUGGGCCCUUCAGGGGAAUGGGGUCCCUUGGUGUAAAAGAGGCAACCAAGGACAGCAGUGGGUUAAAGAAGGGGUCUGGAGGAAGUUUAGGACUGGAAGCUUGUGCGUGUCAUUCUGGGGAGGAGUCAUCUAAAAGACAGCCCAAGAACCUUCCAUUGUGUUCACUUGAAGUCAGCAGUAAAGAGACACAAAACGUGCCUUGUGAGCAGCACGAGGCACUGUCAGGUGCUGCCUCCUUGUCAGAGCAGAGACAUGAGCCUGUUCCCAGGCCACAUUUACAAGGGCAGAAGAAAGAUGGGAAUUCUCUACAAGCCCAGAGUUCAGAGCAUGGAGCUGCCUGUGCCAGCCCUGCUCAGAGUGACAGCGGGAGCAGUGACGGGGACAGUAACGCUGCAGGGGCCCGGAAACACGUGAAACGGCAACAGGAGAGCCCAAAACUGCUUUCCAAAAAAUGGAAGAGGAAUGCAAGCAAUAAAAAUGCAGACUGUGAAGCUAAUGCAUGUGAGAAGGGGAAGGCAAGCCUUCUGGAAGAUAAGGAGCUUUGUCUUCAUGCUGCUGCCUCAAAGGGACCUACAACGAAACAGGUGCAGGACAACCAGAGGAGACUGGCGGCUCUGGAGGAGAGGCCCAGGGAGAGAGAACUGCAGAAGAAACUCAUUCAAGGAGCUCUUUCAAAUGUG